AUGGCGAUCGAGCCGACCAUUUCGGAAGAAUCUGCAACUCCCACCAUGUCUUCUGUAAAGUCCACACCCCCUUCCUCCCCUCUGGACGCCAGCAUCUCCGAAUUCAAGUCGGAGGCCAACGAGGAGGGACUUGGACAAGAGAAAGAGAACAGAAUGACUGGCCAGGAUGAGGAGGAGGAGGAGGAGCUGGACCACAAGUCACGAGCGCUCACCAAUCUAUUGAAGACAAGCUCGGUGUUCGUCGCGAUUAUGGCAGAUAAGAUGAAGGAACAGCAGAAGCGGAGUCAGGAACAGGCCAGACGUGCUGCAGCCAAACAGCGCAAUGACGGUAGCAAAGGUGCGGAGCCGAAAGGUCCAACGAGGAAGUCCACCAGGACGCAUGCUGCGGACGAGCACGAGAAUGGUACGGGAGGCGGGGCUGAGCAGCUGGAGAAGAAAGGCACUCGAGGUCGAGCGUCCAAGAAGACACGGGUCGCCAAAAAGAACAUCAUCGACUACUUUGGCGUCGAUACCGUGGAGAUCUCUCAAGACGGCCCGACAGUGCAGGAGGCUCUUGCCGAAGCCGCUGACGAGUACGAGGGCGAAGGACUUGGUGCACAGGACCUCGUCGCUACCGACCAACCGGCCCCUGUCACGGGUGGUCAAAUGAAGCAGUACCAACUUGAGGGCCUGGAGUGGAUGAAAUCGUUGUGGAUGAAUGGUCUCUGCGGUAUCCUCGCCGACGAAAUGGGUCUCGGCAAGACUCUACAGGCCAUUUCUCUCAUUGCCUUCUUCAAAGAGCACAGCAUCCAGGGGCCCUUUUUGAUCGUCACUCCUUUGAGUACAGUCAGGAACUGGAUUGAAGAAUUCAAGCACUGGACGCCCUCAAUCAAUACCAUUCUUUACCAUGGCAGCAAAGACGAACGUGAGACAAUGAGGCGGAAGAUGAUGAAAAUGCAAGACCAGACCAAGGUUGAGUUCCCCGUGGUGGUCACAAGCUACGAGAUUUGCAUGAACGAUCGAAAAUUCCUUGCCAACUACCAGUGGAAGUACAUCAUUGUGGAUGAAGGGCACCGGCUGAAGAACAUGAAUUGCAAAUUGAUCAAGGAGUUGAUGACCUACAACUCGGCCAACAGAUUGCUGAUCACGGGCACACCACUUCAGAACAAUAUUGCCGAGCUAUGGUCCCUCCUCCACUUCUUACUGCCAGAAGUCUUCAAUGACCUCGACAGUUUCGAAGGCUGGUUUGACUUCUCUAGUGUGCUGGAAGUCAAGACGGACUCGGACGGCAAAAUGCUGAAGCGCAAGAACAAUCUGGUUUCCACCAUGCAUGCCAUCCUCAAGCCAUUCCUGCUACGGCGAGUCAAGUCGGAUGUCGAGUCGUCACUUCCGAAGAAGCGGGAGUAUAUCUUGUACGCACCCUUGACUUCCGAACAGAAGGACCUCUAUCGAGAAAUUCUUGCCGGGACUAGCAGAUCUUACCUCGAGGGCAAGGCGGUCGAGCGGAUCGAGGCUAAAAGCCGGACGGCCUCGCUGAAACGCAAGGCCAACGAUAGUAUACGUUCUACUCCCGCAAAGAGUGUCAAGCACAGCCGGGCUUCCACCCCUGCAUCGACCACGUCAACAGGCUCGGUCCGAAUGGGCCGGAAAGCAGCACGCACAAGUUAUCGAGAUGUGACUGACCGGGAAUUCAACGCACGGCUUCGUCGUCUGGAAAAUGGUGAUGAGACUGUCAAUCUUGACCGCGCUUCUCCUUCUACGGGGGCAUCCGAGGACGGGUCCGAAGAGGAGGAAGAACUGGAACGUGCAAAGACGCUCAAGUUGGCCAAGAAAGAAAUAUCGGCGAAGAAAUUGCAAAAUCCAUUGAUGCAAGCUAGACUAGCAUGCAACAGUCCGCACAACUUCUACUGGCCCUGGAAGCCCACCACAGUUGCCGAGGAAGAAUCUGGCGACUAUCCUGAAGUCGACGAGAGCCUUGUUACUGCAUCGGGGAAGGUCCUCCUUCUCGAUACCCUGCUUCCACGACUGUUCAAGUUGGGCCACAAGGUCUUGAUUUUCAGUCAAUUCAAGACCACGCUUGAUAUUUUGGAGACCUACGCUGUCGAUCUUCGGAAUUGGAAAGCAUGCCGGAUCGAUGGCUCUGUGGCCCAGGAGGAGCGGUACAAACUGAUCAAGGCGUUCAACACGGACAAAUCAUACAACCUGUUCCUCUUAUCCACUCGCGCUGGCGGGCAAGGGAUCAAUUUGGCAGCUGCCGACACUGUGAUUCUAUUCGACUCGGACUGGAAUCCGCAGCAAGAUUUGCAGGCGAUGGACCGCGCGCACCGGAUCGGCCAGACCAAGCCAGUGAUUGUUUACCGUCUGGCAACCCGCGGUACGGUGGAAGAAACCCUGCUCCUGAAAGCCGAUGCAAAGAGAAAGCUCGAAAAGCUUGUCAUCCAGAAGGGCAAGUUCAAGUCGCUCCUGUCAUCCGUGGCGGACGUCGACGACGUGAGGGGGGUCCUGGCAAACGAGGACUUUGAAAAGUACGACAUUGCUGACUCGGGCGGCGAAGGGGCCAUAUUGAGUGAAGAAGAGUUGCAAAUCCUGACCGAUCGAAGCGAACAAGCGUACGAACGGGCCGAGAAGGGGCUGGACAUUGGUGGCGAGGGUCAAGCUUUCAGAGUCGCCGAAACGAAGAGAGGUGACGGGAGCACAGCGGACGUGCUUGAUGAUUUGACCGUCAGGAGUAAAGCGGUGAAAAGAGCCCGGUAG